AUGAUAGAAAAACUUGGACACCGCGUGUUGCGCAGGAACGGAAGCGAAACGCUUUCCGCAUACGCUGCAUCCACAUAUCCUAAGCAUCUCUUGGCAAGCCGAAGCUCUCAACAUGACUGUUUUCUAAAGGGCUGGGAUUUCCAACAUGUACCCCCUCUCAGAGCAAGGUCGCUUGUGCUUGCUCUGACAGGCUGUGCGAAUAGGCGUCGAUCAAAUUUUCCGAAGAGCUUGCUCAGACACACCAUUGAUCGAUAUCUAUCUAUCUAUCUAUCUAUCUAUCUAUCUAUCUAUCUAUCUAUCUAUCUACACACACAUAUACACACCCACACGUGUAUCUAUCUAUCUAUCUAUCUAUCUAUCUAUCUAUCUAUCUAUCUAUAUAUAUAUAUAUAUAUAUGGCAGAUACUCAUACGUCGAAGCCGACGGGAGAGUCCAUUAUUCUAUCUAUCUAUCUAUCUAUCUAUCUAUCUAUCUAUCUAUCUAUCUAUAUAUAUAUAUAUAUAUAUAUAUAUAUAUAUAUAUAUAUAUCAGGUGAGAUUGUAUAAAUAUUCUUUCUAUAUUUUCUUUUUCUUUAUGUCUUUUUAUUGCAUAUGCAAUCCGUUAAGAGAUAACCUGUUGUGA